GGGGCCGGGCGCUGCCUCGCGCCAGAGGUGGACGCACGUGCUGGGGGCGGGAGCAGCGGUCUCAGCGACAGCAGCUAUGGCGUCGUUUCUUUGGGCAGGCGACGCUGGGGCUGCGGAGAGCGAGCGGCUGAAUUGCCACUUUUCAAACCUCAUCCACCCCCGGAAGAACCUUCGGGGUAUUAAGAGUACUGCAAUCCCAAACUUAGAUGAUUCUGUUAACAACACUGAAGAAGAUGAAGAAGAUGUAGUGGAUUUGGCAGCUAAUUCACUCUUAAACAAGUUAAUCCGGCAGUCAUUAGUAGAAUCCAGUCACCGAGUUGAAGUUUUACAAAAGGAUCCCAGCUCUCCACUCUACUCAGUCAAAACAUUUGAAGAACUAAGGCUAAAGGAAGAGUUACUAAAAGGGAUCUAUACAAUGGGGUUUAAUAGACCGUCCAAAAUCCAAGAGAUGGCUCUCCCUAUGAUGCUGGCACAUCCACCCCAGAACCUCAUAGCCCAGAGCCAGUCUGGAACAGGAAAAACAGCUGCUUUUGUCUUGGCAAUGCUAAGCAGAGUUAAUGCCUUGGAAUUGUUCCCACAGUGCCUCUGCCUGGCUCCUACUUAUGAACUGGCUCUACAAACUGGCCGUGUGGUUGAACAGAUGGGAAAAUUCUGUGUAGAUGUUCAAGUGAUGUAUGCCAUUCGUGGGAACCGAAUUCCCAGAGGUUCUGACAUCACCAAACAGAUUAUAAUCGGCACUCCUGGGACUGUCCUAGAUUGGUGUUUCAAACGAAAAUUAAUUGAUUUGACUAAGAUUCGUGUAUUUGUCCUUGAUGAAGCAGAUGUGAUGAUUGACACGCAAGGAUUCUCAGAUCAAAGCAUUCGUAUUCAAAGAGCUUUACCCUCCGAAUGCCAGAUGCUUCUUUUUUCAGCAACCUUUGAGGACUCUGUGUGGCAGUUUGCAGAGCGCAUCAUUCCUGACCCUAACGUUAUCAAGUUACGGAAAGAGGAGCUGACCCUGAACAACAUCCGACAGUAUUACGUGUUGUGCGAGCACAGGAAGGACAAAUACCAAGCUCUGUGCAACAUUUAUGGCGGCAUCACCAUUGGCCAGGCUAUUAUCUUCUGCCAGACUCGUCGAAAUGCCAAGUGGCUGACUGUGGAAAUGAUGCAGGAUGGCCACCAAGUGUCCCUCUUAAGUGGAGAGCUGACUGUGGAUCAGCGAGCUUCUAUCAUCCAGAGAUUUCGGGAUGGGAAAGAGAAAGUUCUUAUAACAACCAAUGUCUGCGCUCGAGGGAUUGAUGUGAAGCAGGUCACCAUCGUUGUGAAUUUUGAUCUCCCUAUAAACCAAGUGAAGGAACCAGACUAUGAGACCUACCUUCACCGCAUAGGGCGAACAGGACGCUUUGGGAAAAAAGGCCUUGCCUUUAACAUGAUUGAAGUGGAUAAGCUACCCCUGCUUAUGAAGAUCCAGGAUCAUUUCAACAGCAGUAUUAAUCAGCUUGACCCUGAAGACAUGGAUGAAAUUGAGAAGAUUGACUAUUGAAAGAAGUUUAUUAUUUGUGUAAUAUCCUAGUUUGUGUGAGAAUGUUAAAACUGGGUUUUGAAGGUUCUUGUUGAAGCUUUUUCAACGUGAAAUUAUAUGGCAAAAGAAAUGUCAUGUUCACCUCAAUUUCACAACCUGAGGUCCUUUGAAACCAAAUUGAUGUAAAAGCACAUGACCUUUUUGAAUAAAUAAGCAAAAUCA